AUGUUUAAACGUCAGAGUAUUCCCUUAUGGGGAUUGUGGUUUUGGUGUCUGUCAUUACAGUCGAGGAUUGUAAGUGCGAAGUCAUCGCAGUAUCAGGAUUUGAAUGAACAAUAUGGUGGUGCGUUGACGGAUUCGGGAGACUAUUUAUAUGGGUCGAAUAAAUGGGGUGAUGAUGGGAGUGGAAGUCAAAAUAUGACUGUUCUUCUGGCAGAUACUAAUGGCGCAAGUUUCAAUGCGACCUGGAUUUGGGAAAAGAAUAUCGAAUAUGUCCACGCCUACCCCAACGUCGGCUAUGAAUCCAUCCAACUCCCCACGACAGUGAGCAACGUCGAGUCGUUCCACCUCAGCGGCAGCUGGUCCGUCUUCCCCGUCGCUUCCCCCACUGCCUCAGACAUGACCAGCGCCCUCAACGCAAUCGCCUGCAAAGCUGAUAUUGCCCUCGACAUGUUCCUCGAUAUGAACAACGUCUCCUCAACCAACGCAUCCCAGGCAACACACGAAGUCAUGAUCUGGCAAUCCGUCUGGGGUGGCGUCUGGCCCAUCGGAUACUACGAUCCUCCUACCGGCGCUCCGGAGUACAAUUUAUCUGGCGUAACUUAUCAACUAUUCACCGGACGCAAUCAACAAGGUCAAAAACAAGCUGUGUUCUCGUGGGUUCCAACCGUAUAUCAGGAAUCGAUCAACGCGGAUGUUUUUGAGCUUGUCAAAGAAUUGGUCUCGAUUGGAAAUAUUACGAAUGAUAUGUAUCUCGGACUGAUACAAUUUGGAUCCGAGACCGUUCAUGCGAGUGAGCCGGUGGGGUUGCAGAUGAAAGAUAUUGAUAUGAGUAUUGGGGUGAGUAGUAGUAGGACGGCGAGUCCGACGGCGACGAGUACGAGCAAAGGAGGAGCAGAAAGAUUUCAGGCCCAAAUUACGAAUUUUGCGAUGCCGGCUGCGUUGGGGUUGGGGGUUAUGUUGGGGAUUUGA